AUGAUCCGUCUCCGCCCCUCCAACGAACGUGGCCACUUCGACCACGGUUGGCUCAACACGUACCACACGUUCUCGUUCAGCGGCUACCAAGACCCCGCCCACGAGCGGUUCCGCUCGCUGCGGGUGAUGAACGAGGACUUCGUCGCUGGCGGCCAGGGCUUCGGCGCCCACGGGCACCGCGACAUGGAGAUCGUCACUUACGUUUUGUCGGGCGCGCUGGCGCACAAGGACUCGAUGGGCAACGGCGAGGUGCUCCGCCCCGGCGAGUUCCAGCGUAUGACGGCCGGCACGGGCAUCCGCCACAGCGAGUUCAACGACUCGCCAACGGAGCCGGUCCACCUCUACCAGAUUUGGCUGCUGCCCGACCGCGAGGGUCACGAGCCGAGUUACGAGCAAAAGCCUUUCGACGCGGCCGGUCGCCGCAACCGGUUGCAACUGGUCGCCUCGCCCGAUGGCGCCGACGGUUCGCUGACGAUCCACCAAGACGCCCGCAUCUAUCUGGCGGACCUCGAAGCCGAACGCUCGGUGACGACGAACGUCGCCGCGGGCCGUCAUGCUUGGCUGCAAGUGCUGCGUGGCGCGGUCGAGCUAAACGGCGUCCGCUUAGAGACCAGCGACGGCGCCGCCGUUAGCGACGAGACGCAACUGACGAUCGAAGCUGUCGGCCCCGCCGAAGUGAAACCGAAAAUGCCAAACAUCCUCCCCAACACCGACAACGGCCUGAUCACCGCGGACAACUCGGUCCUGGUCUUCAUCGAUCACCAGCCGCAAAUGCUAUUCGGCGUCGCCAGCGGCAUCGAUCGUCAGCUGCUGGUGAACAACGUGCUGCUACUUGCCCGCGGAGCGAAGGAGUUCGGCGUGCCUACGAUUCUGACGACGGUCGAGACCGAGUCCUUCAGCGGGCCGAUGUGGCCGCAACUGCUUGAUGUCUUCCCAGAGCAGACGCCGAUCGAGCGUACGGGGAUGAACUCUUGGGACAGCCCCGAGUUCCGCGAAGCGAUCAAGGCGACCGGCCGGAAGAACAUUCUCCUCUCGGGCCUGUGGACCGAAGUCUGCAUCACGUGGCCGACGCUGCAGAUGCUGGCCGAAGGCUAUAAUAUCUACGUCGUCGAUGACGCCGUCGGCGGCACUUCCCCUGCGGCGCACGAGGCAGCGUUGUCGCGGAUGACGCAGGCCGGCGCCGUACGGAUGACGAGCGUUGCGACGGUGCUCGAGUGGCAGCGUGACUGG